UUACAAGGUCUAAACAAUUGUUCGCGUUCCAACCGAAAUUCCAAAUUAAGAACGUAUCUUUAGGAACAAUGGCCUCACCUAGUCGAAAUUCCCAACGAUCCCUGCUUAACGCGGGCCUUCAAUUGUUUACAACAAAGCUGAGCAGGACCCAGCACACGCUUCCGCUGAAUGAUUUCGGUGUAUCCGGCCUGCAUGGUGUGGAGUUCCAUCAUCAGAAUACUGCACCGACCAGGAUAUCCCAGCGGCUGGCGGAUGUCCAGAAGCGCACCCAAUUGCUGGAGGAGCUGAACCGCCAGCUCAAGGAUUUGGCGCUGGAUAAAACUGAGCUCUUCGAGUCACGAGCUGCAAUGCUGUGCUCCCGAGCCUUCGACAUCAGUCAGGAACUGAUCGUAACCAGAAUGAGGAUCAACGACGUGGAGAACGCCUGCACUCAACUUCGAAGGUAUUGUAAUUACCGCAGUCGUCUAGUUCGGCUAUCUAGUCUGUUCUUCUACAGUCGCAUCCUGGACCUAAAGCUGCGACGCAUCCAGCGUCGCCGGCUUCUCUGCCACGAGAUAGAAAAACUGCAAGGGGCGCUGGAACACCAGGUGCCCUCGAUCCUUAUGCAUGUCUGGCAUAGACUUUGCUUUCUAUGGAACUGUGUGGACUGCCUGGCGCUUGUGUCCUGCCGGGCCCGUCCCGUCUUCGAGGCAGAGAGCAAAAUGGAUGCCCUUAAUGUAUUCGUGGCGGGCUUUUGACAUGUUCCGCGUUGUCCUGGCCUUUUAGUAUUUUUAACACUGGUUAUCGAGCACCGCCGGGUAAUCGACAGCAAUUGGCUAGCCGAGUCGGGCAAAUGUUACUUUAAACCAUUGUAAAUCACUUAUAGUACACACUGGAGUGUGGAAUAUAGUCAUCGAACUAUUUUAUUACAUGUUUAACUGAUAUUAAUUCUGCGAUUAUUUUUUUUUUCGUGCAUAAUAUCGUAAAGC